AUGGGACUGCUUGCUCUUGGAACUCCCCUCGAAUGGCCCGAGGCCAAAAAGAAGGCUCACCAGGUGCGCGAGUGGGGAAUUGAGCAACUUCUGGCGAAUUGGCGUCGAGCGCGAGGCAAGGAACGUGACGUUCUCCUGUGGGGCGACGAGGUCGAAUAUCUUGUGGUCUCUCUCGAUGAUGCAGCCAAGAAAGCUCGACUAUCCUUGGCUCAAGCCGAAAUUCUGAAGUCGCUCGCCCGAGACGAAGCUCUGUGGCAAGCCGGUUCGUCCGAGAACGACAGCAAUGGGGAACACGCUGGUGAAGAUCCUCCGCAUUUCCACCCCGAGUUUGGGCGGUUCAUGCUUGAGGCCACUCCUGGAAGCCCAUGGGGCAUUGGGUUCAAAGAUCUGUUGAAAGUGGAGUCCAAUAUGAAAUGGCGACGAGAGGUUGCCAAAGCACACAUGGCGCCCAAUGAAUCGCCCAUAACCUUAACAACAUUCCCUCGGCUGGGGACGAAGGACGAUUACAUUCAGCCUUAUUAUCCCCCAUCUGGGCCAGCUCUUCGCUCACAAUUUGUGCCUGAUGAGAUUGCCAACCCACAUAUCCGAUUUCCCACAUUGGCGGCCAACAUUCGUUCCCGGCGAGGACGCAAGGUUGAAUUAAACGUCCCGAUUUUCAAGGAUCGGAACACCCCUUCGCCCUUUAAGGACCCCACCGUCAACUAUGAUCUGCAUCUUUGGCCGGAAGAUGAUGAUGUCCGAAACGGUGCUGCAAAGGAUGACCAUGUCUACAUGGACGCCAUGGCUUUUGGUAUGGGUAGCUGCUGCUUGCAGAUCACCUUCCAGGCAAAGAACAUGACUGAAGGCAGAAGGCUGUAUGAUCAGUUGAGCCCACUUGGGCCAAUUCUUUUGGCUCUUACAGCGGCCACGCCAAUUUACAAGGGAUUCCUUGUAGAUACAGAUGUGCGAUGGAACCAGAUUAGCGGGGCAGUGGAUGAUAGAACUCCUGAAGAACUCGGAGAAGCUCCCCUUAAAAAUGACCGAUGGAGGAUUCCGAAGUCCAGAUACGCUUCUAACUCGACUUAUAUCUCUGAAGACCCUCGGUUGCGGAAGGAAUACUUUGACCCAGAUUUGGUCGUUGACCAAGAUAUUAAAAAGCGACUAAUGGACGGUGGCAUGGAUGACCUACUUGCCACACAUUUUGCCCAUCUUUUCAUUCGUGAUCCGCUAGUGAUCUUCUCUGAAGACCUCGAGGAACUCGACUUGAGCAAGGGUGACCAUUUCGAGAACCUCCAGUCCACAAAUUGGCAACACAUGCGCUUCAAGCCCCCGCCAUCGGAGAAGGACGACAUUGGCUGGCGAGUUGAGUUCCGCUCCAUGGAAAUCCAAAUUACCGAUUUUGAAAAUGCGGCGUUCAGCAUCUUCAUCGUUCUCGUUACCCGUGCCAUAUUGAGCUUUGACCUUAACUUCUACAUACCCAUUCAACGUACCACAGAGAACAUGGAGACUGCUCAUGCUCGCAAUGCGGUUCUCGAUCAUAAGUUCUACUUCCGCAAAGAUCCUUUCUCGGCGCGAGCCCCGAAGGUUCCCGCCCAGCAGUCUUCAAACGGCAGCACAUUUUCCUCUACAACAUCUUCGGCUGUCAACACGCCACCUCCAUCCCCUCCUCUUGGUCCGGUCGAGGUUGAAUAUGAGUUGAUGACCAUUUCCGAUAUCAUUAAUGGCUGCACAGAUGGCUCGUUCCCUGGUCUCAUUCCACUUGUGGAGUCGUACUUGAACAGUGUCAAUGUGGACGUCGAGACCCGUUGCUUCCUUGCAAGCUACCUUGAUCUUAUCCGCAAACGUGCAGACGGCACUCUGUGGACUGGAGCUCGCUGGAUUCGUGAGUUUGUAGCCAAGCACCCAAGCUACAAGCAUGACAGUGUUGUGUCCGAAGAGAUCACCUACGAUCUUAUCAAGGCGGUUGAAGAGGUGACUAUGAAGGAAGGCCGGAACGGAUCUGUCGGCUGGGAGCUCCUUCGAGGCAAAAAGAUUUAA